UUGACAGGCCACGCAGAGAAAGUUGGCAUUGAAAACUUUGAGCUCCUGAAAGUUCUUGGAACAGGGGCCUAUGGAAAAGUAUUCCUAGUGAGGAAAGUAAGUGGCCAUGAUGCUGGAAAACUGUAUGCCAUGAAAGUACUGAAGAAAGCAACAAUAGUUCAAAAAGCCAAAACAACUGAACACACGAGGACAGAACGACAAGUCUUGGAGCACAUCAGGCAAUCACCGUUUUUGGUCACGUUACAUUAUGCCUUCCAGACAGAUACAAAGCUUCAUCUCAUUUUAGACUAUAUAAAUGGAGGAGAAUUGUUUACUCAUCUUUCACACAGAGAGAGAUUCUCAGAAAAUGAGGUGCAAAUUUACAUCGGAGAAAUCGUUUUGGCACUUGAACAUCUCCACAAGUUGGGGAUUAUAUAUCGGGAUAUAAAACUUGAGAAUAUUCUCCUCGAUUCUGAUGGCCAUGUGGUGCUGACAGACUUUGGUCUAAGUAAGGAGUUUCUUAGUGAUGAGAAUGAGAGAGCAUAUUCCUUCUGUGGAACAAUAGAAUACAUGGCUCCAGAUAUUGUAAGAGGGGGAGAUGCAGGGCAUGAUAAGGCUGUUGAUUGGUGGAGUGUUGGUGUUCUUAUGUAUGAAUUAUUAACUGGAGCAUCACCAUUUACAGUUGAUGGAGAGAAGAACUCCCAAGCAGAGAUUUCUAGGAGAAUAUUAAAAAGUGAGCCACCUUAUCCACAAGAAAUGAGUGCUCUGUCUAAGGAUAUCAUUCAGCGGCUUUUAAUGAAAGACCCCAAGAAGAGGCUAGGUUGUGGUCCCACCGAUGCUGAUGAAAUCAAACAGCAUCCCUUUUUCCAGAAUAUGAACUGGGAGGACUUAGCCGCCAAAAAAAUACCAGCUCCAUUUAAACCAGUAAUCAGAGAUGAAUUGGAUGUCAGUAAUUUUGCAGAAGAGUUUACAGAAAUGGAUCCAACAUACUCUCCUGCAGCAACCCCUCAGACUUCAGAAAGAAUAUUUCAGGGAUAUUCUUUCGUUGCACCUUCUAUUUUGUUUAAACGCAAUGCAGCUACAGUAGAUCCUUUUCAGUUUUAUGUGGGGGAUGAGCGACCUGGAACUACAACUAUUGCCAGAAGUGCUAUGAUGAAGGACUCUCCAUUUUAUCAUCAUUAUGAACUGGAUCUGAAAGAGAAACCAUUGGGAGAAGGAAGUUUUUCCAUUUGUCGAAAGUGCUUACACAAGAAAACUAGCCAAGAGUAUGCAGUAAAAAUAAUUAGCAAAAGAAUGGAAGCCAACACCCAGAGAGAAAUAACAGCGCUGAGACUCUGCGAAGGACAUCCGAAUGUAGUUAAGUUACAUGAAGUUUUUCAUGACCAGCUUCACACGUUCCUAGUAAUGGAGUUGCUGAAGGGAGGAGAAUUGCUUGAACGGAUUCAGAAAAAGAAACAUUUCAGUGAGACUGAAGCCAGUCACAUUAUGCGCAGGCUUGUUUCGGCGGUGAGCCACAUGCAUGAUGUGGGAGUAGUCCACAGAGAUCUGAAACCUGAGAAUUUACUAUUUACAGAUGAAACUGAUAAUUCAGAAAUAAAAAUAAUUGAUUUUGGCUUUGCUCGUUUAAAACCACCUGAUAAUCAGCCUCUUAAGACUCCGUGUUUUACUCUUCAUUAUGCUGCCCCAGAGCUCUUGAAUCACAAUGGUUAUGAUGAGUCUUGUGAUCUGUGGAGUUUGGGGGUCAUUUUGUACACGAUGCUAUCAGGACAGGUACCAUUUCAGUCUCAAGACAGAAGUUUAACAUGUACCAGUGCAUUGGAAAUUAUGAAGAAAAUAAAAAAGGGAGAAUUUUCCUUUGAAGGAGAGGCUUGGAAAAAUGUUUCUGAAGAGGCUAAAGAGCUAAUACGAGGACUUCUUACAGUGGAUCCAAACAAAAGAAUUAAAAUGUCCAGCCUGAGAUACAACGAGUGGCUUCAGGAUGGCAGCCAGCUCUCAUCUAACCCUCUAAUGACACCUGAUAACUUAGGCUCUUCAGGAGCUGCAGUGCACACCUAUGUUAAAGCCACUUUCCAUGCCUUUAACAAGUACAAAAGGGAAGGAUUUUGUCUCCAGAAUGUGGACAAGGCACCUCUUGCAAAAAGAAGGAAAAUGAAAAAAACAAGUACAAGCACAGAGACACGUAGCAGCUCCAGUGAAAGUUCCCAUUCUUCUUCCUCUCAUUCUCAUGGUAAAACUACACCUACAAAGACAUUGCAGCCCACAAACCCUGCAGAGAGCAAUAACCCGGAAACCAUCUUCCAGUUCUCUGACUGAGAAGCAGAGAGUGUCCUGUCUCGAGGAGUUAAGUGGUUAUAGACUUGGCAGUACCUGUAUUGUCUGCUCCCUCCCUUCCUCCCUGUGGCUUACAGGCUGCCACAGGAAGAGUCUGUUGCUUUAGAAAUGUAUUUCAGUCAUACCUUUUUAGCUUUGUAUUUCCAUACAUUUCCUUUUAGAGUAGUUUGGUAUCACUGGAUAUAGUAUAAUACUGUUAUACAACCUACAUUGUAUUCUCUGAGGGCUAAAUUACUGGUGUGCAGUCAGGCUCAAGGUAAGGAGCUGUGCUGCUCAUGGUACUGCUUGGAAAAAGACUGUUCCUCAGUGUCACUAUCUUCCUCCCAAUUUCUUCCCCACUGCUCAAAGAAAGGAAAGCUCUGUAACAUAUAUAGAACUUUGAGAUCUUCUGCUCUUAUCCAGCUCUGUGAAGAAUGUUAUAGAAUUUGAUUCUUCAUGCAUGUAAAGAAUCAUUGGUACAAUGCACCGAAGCAGUAUAGUACUUUAAAGCCUUUUGAAUUUAUGGUUAUAUUCUGUCCCAUUUAUUUGAAUUUUAAGAUCAAAUUGAAGCACUAUGGAAUUCUUAUUUUGUUUAAAAAAUAACUCCACGUAUCUUGUUCUAAACAACUGAGAAUAGAAGUCUUAGGG